AUGAAGUCAGAGAAUGCUCGGGGCAGAUGUUGCCGGGGAUGUCAGGAGGACUUUGAGCGGGCAGACACCGAGCGAUGCCAAACACCCGGGAUUGGCGGUUUCCCCCACAACGCGAAAAGACAACAGCGAAACGGAGCACCCCAACCCUCUCCGUUCACCCGCCACCCCCCGGUACGACAAGCAGCGGAAAGCAAAUUAAAACUAGAAACAGAAAGACACUUAACGGGUGAAGCGGAUGCCGCGGAGACGCCGGAGCCGGGCGCAGCGGCCGAGCCAAAUGACAGCCGGCAGCUCCUCGGGCCAGGCCCGCCCCGGCCCCACCUCGCCCGACGCCCCGGCGGGGCGGCACCGCCGGCCGAGCGCGGCCUGGGGCGGCGGCGCGAGCCGCUCCCGCUGCCUCCUCACCUGGUGGACGCCCGCUGCGCCAGCGGCAAGUCGCGGCACAUCCCGCGGAGGGAGGGCGGCCCGAGCCCGGUGCGCGGCCCGUCAGCGGCCGCUCAGCGCCGCCAUUACCGGCCCGCAACUGACACGAAGCGGCGGCGGCGGCGGCUAAUCGGAAACUCUCGCGAGAACCGGCCCACCGCCGACCUUCCCAGCAUGGCGCCGUCCCGCCGGGCCCCCUCGGCGCCGGCCGCCAUCUUGGGUGCGGCGCGGCCGCCCUUCCCUCCCUCAGCCGCGGGAGUGCCCCGUUCUCCGAGCUCUGGGUGUUGGUGCAAGGCCAGGACGUGGCAAUGCUAAUUGAACCCAGCGCUGAUGUUGGCGUUCCUGAAGCGGCUCCAGCCGAAACUAGGGCACCGCUUUUUAGUCAUUUAUGUUCAUAGCUAAGUCAUCUUUAGAAAAAUAAUUCAAAUUUUUUUUUCUUUUUUGCAAAUGACAGCGUCUCCAAUUACACUCUCCCGAAUUUAAAUUUGAAUAAACAUUUGCACAGAACUUCAGAGA